AUGUCACUGCAUAUUCUGCACGCCGCUCACGGACGUUUCGGAUUGUUCUAUGCGGCGCCUUAUUUCAUUGUAGUCGAGCUUGGUGAGUCCGGUCCAUGCCUUGCCAAUGCGGACUCGGCCCGCAGCUGUGGUACACAGACUUUUGACGAGCAGUCUACUGACAUCGCCAACUUCGGUCAUGGAUGGGAAGGCGUCCCUCUUGUACGACACCUUGGACUCUGCUGA